CUUUGCAGUGGUGUGAUUCCAUUGACGUGCAUGGAGUUACUCAUGGUUUACACAGCUUUAACUCAUGAUGCUAUUUCAGUUCUCCAGCUCUAGUGUUCAAAAUAUUGACACGCAGUUGGGGACAUUUAUUUCAAUACUUGUCUGAAGAGAGGAAAGGCUGCCGCUUGGUUUAUGACCCAUCCUAUAGCUGAAGAACAUUCCUGAUGGCAGGCUCCCUAAAACCAAGCCCGAUGUCUGUUCAUGUUGUAGCCUUUGGAAAUGAGAGAGAUGGAUUUUCUGAAGACAAUCAGCAAUCAAGUCUGAUCUGGACCUAUCUUGGGAGAAGUGCUCUCAUUUCAGAGACUGAAAGCAGUUUGCUGCUGAACUCUGCCAAUCACAUUGGAAACCCUAUGUUUACUGAAUAUCAAGCCUGUGUGUUUGGAAAUGUCAGACUGGUGGUGCAUGACUGUCCCCUUUGGGAUAUUUUUGACAGUGACUGGUACACCUCUCAAAAUCUUAUUGGAGGAGCUGAUAUCAUUGUGAUUAAAUACUCUGUAAAUGACAAAUCUUCAUUUCAAGAAGUAAAGGACAGUUAUGUUCCAAUGAUAAAAAGAGCACUAAAUCAUUGUUCAAUUCCAGUCAUAAUUUCUGCUGUUGGUGCAAGAAAAAGUGAAGUACCUUGUACUUGUCCACUGUGCACUUUAGACAGAGGGAGCUGUGUUACUGCUUCUGAAGGGAUUCAACUCGCUAAAGAACUAGGAGCUACUUACCUUGAAUUGCACAGUCUCAGUGAUUUCUAUAUAGGAAAAUAUUUUGGAGGAGUGUUGGAGUAUUUUAUGAUCCAAAGCUUGAAUCAGAAGUCCUCUGAAAAAAUGAAGAAAAGAAAAAAAAGCCACAAGUGCCAUGGAGUUAAACCGCCUCAGCUUGAACAGCCAGAAAAAAUGCCAAUCUUAAAAGGUGAAGCCUCGCAUUAUAACUCCGAUUUACAUAACUUGCUGAUCUGCUGCCAGUGUGUGGAUGUGAUAUUUUACUCAGAAGAUUUAAAGGAAGUAGUAGAAGCACACAAGAUUGUUUUGUGCUCUGUAAGCCAUGUCUUCAUGUUACUUUUCAAUGUGAAGAGUCCAGCUGAUAUUCAGGAUUCCUCUAUCAUAAGGACUGCACAGACUCUCUUUGCAGUGAACAGUGAGGCUAUGUUUCCAGUUUCUAACCGAGGUUCACCAUGCGGCCCACCGGUUAGAGUCAUUGUUAAAGACUCUUUCUUCUGUUUUUGUUUGUCAGACAUUCUGCACUUCAUUUAUUCAGGUGCUUUCCAAUGGGAAUUGUUGGAAGAAGAUAUAAAAAAGAAGUUGAAAGACCCAGGAGAAGCUGAGCUUGUGCUUGAGAAAGUUAAAUGUAUCCUGAAAACUCCAGGAAAGGUGAAUAGUUCAGAGAAUUGCAGAUCUCAUCAGACAGCAAGACCCUUGCAGUUAUGUGAUACUUCUCUCAGGCUUUUCUUUAACACACAUGUGUUAGCUGAUGUCAUCUUCCAAAUACAAGGUGCUACUGUACCAGCCCACAGAGCAGUUCUAGUGGCUCGCUGUGAAGUAAUGGCAGCUAUGUUUAAUGGAAGUUAUAUAGAAGCAAAUAGUUUUCUGGUUCCAGUUUAUGGGGUUUCCAAAGAUACUUUCCUCUCCUUUCUAGAGUAUCUGUAUACUGAUUCCUGUUGUCCAGCCAGUAUUUUGCAAGCCAUGUCUCUCUUGAUUUGUGCUGAGAUGUACCAGGUAUCCAGACUCCAGCAUAUCUGUGAGCUUUAUAUCAUCACACAGCUGCAGAGUAUGCCUAGUAGGGAAUUAGCAUCUACAAGUCUUAGCAUUGUCAGCUUGCUCAGAAAAGCCAAGUUUCACAACUCUGACUGCCUUUCAACUUGGCUCCUUCAUUUUAUUGCCACUAACUACCUCAUCUUCAGUCAAAAGCCUGAAUUUCAAGAUCUUUCAGCGGAAGAGCGCAAUUUUGUUGAGAUGCACAGAUGGCCUUCCCAUAUGUACUUGAAACAGCUUGCAGAUUACAGGAAUUACAUCAACUCCCAGAAAUGCCACUGCAUAGUAAUGUAACCAGAAGAUUGAUUAUUCACAAACUGUUCAUAAACUGGAGAAUCACAGGCUGGGAAUUACAUGGAGGCUAUUAAAACUGUGCAGGGAUGAAAAUAAACAUUUAAGUCCUGCUGUACUCUAUAAUGUGCUUGCUAAUACUCUUUUCGUUAAUAAUGAAUUACUGUGAUGUUUUAAAGGGAUUAAGAAAUAUACCAUAGGACAGCAUAAGGAGUUAAUCAGGCCUGGUCUACACUACAAAGUUAGGCUGAUGUAAACCGCAUGUGCAUGCCUAUACCUAAAUUUGUCUCUUACUGAUGUAAGUGCCCCGUUAACAGCAAUGCAGUAACACUACCUCCCUGAGCAGCAUUAAGCCAUGGUUGAUGUACUGAGGUCGACGCAACACAAGUGUAAACACUGCGUUACUUAUAUGAAUUCUAACAGUCCUCCAGCAGCUGUUCCACAGUGUCUGACGCUAACCUCUUUGGUCACAAUUGUGAAUGCAUUGUCCAGGGGUCAUGGAGACUGGAAGGCCCUCCCUCUCUUUUAAAGCCCUGCAAAUUUUUGAAAUGGCUUUUCCUGAUUGUCCAGCUGGAGAGCACACCUAGCAGCUCUCCAUUGUGUGCAACUGUGCAGCUGACCAUGGCGGCUACAUGCUCCAGACACACUCCAUCUUGGAGUAGACAAGAGAUAUUGGAUCCUCUGGGCCUGUGGGGAGAAGAGGCUGUGUAAGCACAGCUAUGGACCAGCCAUAGAAAAGUAAACAUCUAUGAGCAGAUUGCACAGGGGAUGUAGGAGGAGGAGUACAACAGGGGCCAGCAGCAGUGCUUUGUGAAAGUGAAGGAAUUUGGUCAGCUAUAUCGAGAGGCCAACAAUCAUUCGGGUGCUAACCCGCAGACCUGCCACUUUUACAAAGAGCUGCAUACCAUAAUUGUCAGAGACCCUACUGAUAUCCCGCACAUAACCAUGGAUACCUUUGAGGACCCCAAGCCACAGGUCCCUGGCAUGAACAGCUAGGAGGAGGAUGGGGGACGUGCGACCAGGGAGCCAGGACCUGUUUUGAGACUCCACCGCAGUCCAGUCAGUCCCAGCAGUUGAGCACGGGUGAGCUCGAUGCAUGGGAAGGAACUUUGGCUGCUGCCAUUGCGGCUCUGAGAGGUUCCCCCCUCCGCACCUGAGGAAAGCCUGAGCUAGAUGAGGAGGAGAAAGAGGAGGACUCGGGAUGACAUGUUCAAUGAGAUCCUGCAAGCCAGUGCUGCGUGAGACCGUGAGAAAAGGGUCUGGAGGGUGAACAUUACAGACAGCCUGGGGAAGGAAAAAACAGAGAAGAGAGAGGCCCAGGAGUCCCAGCAGGAAAAGGAGAGGGAGAUGCACCAAGACAUAAUGGAGCUUCUCCAACAGCAAACAGAGAUGCUGCAGACUCUUGUGGACUUAGUUUCAACAAUCCCAGGUUCUCCUCCCUUUGCAGUCCAUGGCAAACUCCAUAACAGCACCUCCCUGUGCUCUCCCACCCUACAUUCCAUGUGGUAUCAGGGGCUUUAUCCCUAUCCCUCCCACUCCACCCCAGCAGGCAUUAAGGACAACCACAGCCUCACAAACUGAUCUGUGAAAUCCAUGGUUGCUGUAUAUGUAGAUUAAUGGACAGGAAUGUUCUUUCCGCUGGUUUUUCUGUUUCAUUAAUUUAUUAAGUUUUUAAUGUAUUUGCUUUUAAAUUGCACAGAUUUUUCUUUGCACUGGUUUUGCUACUGAAUAAUUCUAUUUGGAAUAUAAUCUUUUAGUUCACAACACAUGCUUCAGAGUGCCUAGUAAUUCUGAAAGCACCUACUUAAUUAUUACUGUACAGUGUGGCACAACUCAUAGGAUCAGUGACAAAGAGCAUAAUAAUCAUAAAUGUACAGCAAGCACAACAAAAUUAAGAGGAGCAUUGACAGUGCUAUAUUCAUAGAUGUACACUACACAAUUCCUAACAGGCCCCAAAACAGCAGGGCCAGGUAGAGCAGAGUACACCACACGUUACUGU